AUGGCCGCGAUCUCGACUUCCCCACUGAUCCCCACCUUAAUCCUCCUCCUCUCCCUGCCGAUCCUCUUCUUCCUCGUCGGCCCACGCAUACUUCCCUCCCGCCAGAUCUCCAUCUCCGCCCCCGACGAGCUCGACGACCUCUCCCUCUUCCACAAGGCCAUCGCCAUGGACUCCGCCAAUUUCUCCCGCCGCAGCCGCCUCCCCUCCGCCCGCUCCCACCUCUCCGCCGGCCUCCGCCGCCCCAAGGUCGCCUUCCUCUUCCUCACCAACUCCCCCCUCCACUUCGCCCCUCUCUGGGAGCGCUUCUUCUCCAACGUCACCAGCAAGCACUACAACAUCUACAUCCACGCAGAUCCCUACGUGAAAAUCCCCCCCUUUGAAGGUGUGUUCAAGGGCAAAACCAUCCCCGCCAAGAGGACGCAGAGAUCCUCGCCGACGCUCAUCUCCGCCGCCCGCCGCCUCCUCGCCACCGCCAUGCUGGACGACCCCUCAAACGCCUACUUUGCCCUGAUCUCCCAGCACUGUAUCCCCCUCCACUCGUUCAAUUACCUCUACAAUUUCUUAUUCGAUCUGGGCCGGUUGUCGAAAAAUCUGGAGUUCUCCAGCUACAUUGAGAUUCUGGAUAACGAGCGGACACUGUGGGAUAGGUACAAUGCCCGGGGGAAAGAUGUGAUGCUGCCCGAGGUUAACUUUGAAGAGUUUCGGGUGGGUUCUCAGUUUUUUGUGCUCACACGAAAGCACGCAUUAAUGGUGAUCAAGGAUAGGAAGCUGUGGAGAAAAUUCAAGCUGCCCUGUUUGAAUGUGGAAUCUUGUUAUCCGGAGGAACAUUAUUUCCCUACAAUGCUGUCAAUGCAGGACCCGAAUGGCUGUAGCCAUUAUACAUUAACAAGGGUUAAUUGGACGGAUAGUGUGAAUGGGCACCCACACACUUACCAUCCUCCUGAAGUCUCCCCCGAGCUGAUUUACAAGCUGAGGGAGUCGAAUUCAAGUUAUUCCUACAUGUUCGCGAGGAAAUUCUCUCCCGAUUGCUUGGCCCCUUUGAUGGGGAUGGCUGAUGAGGUUAUCUUCAAGGACUGA